UUGCUCUGCGGUGGUGGUAUUUAGAGCGCAGCGGCUGACUGGCCGGGUCGCCUUCGCAGCCUCCGCGUCCGGUCUCGUGUCUCCGCUCGCUUUCCCAUCCGCCCGUCUGCCCGCCGUCCGGCCAUCCGGCCGUCAGCUGACCUUGCCCCUUCCCUUCACGCAGUCAUGACUGAGUCCAAGACCAGCCCCGAGUAUGCUUCGUUUUUCGCCGUCAUAGGCGCCUCCUCCGCCAUGAUCUUCAGCGCCCUGGGUGCUGCCUAUGGCACAGCCAAGAGUGGCACUGGCAUCGCAGCUAUGUCAGUCAUGAGGCCAGAGCUGAUCAUGAAGUCCAUCAUCCCAGUGGUUAUGGCUGGCAUUAUCGCUAUUUACGGCCUGGUGGUGGCAGUCCUUAUCGCCAAUUCCCUGACCGAUGGUAUCACCCUCUACAGGAGUUUUCUCCAGCUGGGUGCUGGCCUGAGUGUGGGGCUGAGUGGCCUGGCAGCCGGCUUUGCCAUCGGCAUUGUGGGUGAUGCUGGUGUGCGGGGCACAGCCCAGCAGCCACGACUGUUCGUGGGCAUGAUCCUGAUCCUCAUCUUCGCAGAGGUGCUCGGCCUCUACGGUCUCAUUGUGGCCCUCAUCCUCUCCACAAAGUAGCCCUUUUCAGAGCCCACCAGCCACAGAAUACGAUGUAAAGACCACCCCUCCUCAUUCCAGAACGAGCAGCCUGACACACAUGCACGGGCAGCUGCCCCCUCCAUAGUUGGUCUUGUAAAUGCGCAGUGUCCUAGUGCCCAUUGUCUGUUGCCCCCGCCUGGCCCCUGCCGCCCCGUGCUGUGGACAUCUGGGCCCAUUCAUCUCCCAUCCGGCCCCUGACCAGUGAGGAUGCCGGCCACUGGCUGCCCUGCCCAUCACCCUAGAGUGCUCUGUGUAUAAGGAUGAUUAGAGUUGUCCUUUUUCUCUUCACUGGAUGUUUAUUUAUAAAAGAGUUGACCUGUUCAUGCGUCUGUGGAGCAGCCCUGUCUCCCAGCUAUAUAGUAACCAUUAGUAGAGUGUUGCCUUUCGGGGUUCCCGUUGCUGAGACUCCUUGGAUGAAGUCACCCUCCCCCCAGACCUGGGCCUCAAGGCUGGAGGGCAGAGUGCUGCUGCUCGCCAGGGCUGGCGGGGAGCUGUGUUCAAUAAAGUUCUUGGAUGUGACUA